AUGGACAAAUGUAUUAUGCUCAAAUGUUGUGGUGUGAAGAACUACACGGACUGGCUGGAAACCACCUGGUUUAAUAAAAGUGGAGGGCUCAGGUUUCCUUACAGUUGCUGCAACGUUACUUUCCCCACUUGUAAUGGCACUGUUUACCAGCCAUGGCAAAUUUACACACAGGGCUGCCAAGAGGAGCUGUCGAAGGUCAUACAGUUUGCGCUGAAAAUGGACAUGUGGAGCUCCCUAUUGGUUUAUGUGGUGGAGAUUGGGUUGUUUGUGAUGGUGAAACAGCUCAUGAGAACAAAUAGAUCUACGAGGUACCAAGUACUGGAGAAAAACUAAAGAUGCUCUAAUGGAUGGAAGAUCACUACACUUUGAAUAGAUAUAGUUCAAAUCUCAAAACUAUUGAGUCAUUUGCCGGUACACUAUGAAACAUGUAAAACUGGAGAAAGUCGUUUUUUGUAAUACAUGUACAGAUGUCUAUUGUUAUCAUUGGAUUGUCUGUCACCAAAAGACUGACAGUUUUUUGCAAUAAACAUUAGAAUCAGAAUACUUUAAUAAUCCCUAAAGAACUUAUGUAAUUAUGUAAACAUACUGCAGAACUGGCCUGUGUGGACUUCUGGCCUGACAAAAUGUAGGCAAAGAUGGGGCAAAGGGCUUAGAGAUAUAUCCUAAAUUAGGUUUGAUGAAUAUGA